UCUUGGCGCUUAUUCCUGAGCAAUACAGCGUAAAAAGACGUCUGACGUGGCUGUGCCGUGUGCUGUCUAGUGUUUACCAGAAACUUUAGCCCGGAAGCGACAUGAGUCAUUAGUCAGCAACCUAAUUUUUUCGUGUUGCUGUCGUCGUACUCAAAAAGCCAUCCGAAAGGGCCCUUUUCCUUUCAAAAUGGCACCGUUUUCCAAGCCAGAAACAGUGCUGAAGCAGGCCGAAGGUCUUAUUUCCGUGGGCCAGAUGCAUGCGGCCCUACAAUCUUUGACGGAGAUGUUCACUUCAAAACGAUUUCGCUCGACCCCGCUCACGACGUUGGAACCUAUAAUGUAUAGGUACAUCGAGCUUUGUGUCGAGAUGCGGAAAGGCCGUACCGCAAAGGAAGGAUUGAUGCAGUAUAAGAACAUUGCCCAGAAUACGAGUGUGCAGAGUAUCGAGGCCGUCAUCACGCGUUUUGUGCAGUUGGCGGAUGCGAAGGUCAGGGAGGCACAGGAGAAGGCUGCGGUACAGGUGGCCGUCGAUGUCGACGAUUUGGAGGCAAGUGAAACUCCGGAGAGCAUUUUGCUGGGUGCUGUGAGUGGCGACCAGAGCAAGGACCGGACAGACCGAGCGCUGGUCACUCCUUGGCUCAAGUUUCUCUGGGAAAGCUUCCGGACGUCUUUGGAGACGCUGAAGAACAAUGCAAGGCUAGAGGUAAUAUACCAGCAAAUUGCUCAACAGGCAUUCAAAUUCUGUCUUAAACACCAGCGCAAGGUCGAAUUCCGUCGUCUGUGCGAGACUCUUCGACUUCAUCUUUCAAACGUGGCGAAAUACUCGCACCAGCCACAUUCAAUAAAUCUCUCCGAUCCAGAUACCCUACAGCAUCACUUGGAUACACGAUUUGCUCAACUUAACACGUCCGUCGAGCUCGAACUAUGGCAAGAGGCAUUCCGCUCCGUCGAGGACAUUCACAACCUGUUGACGAUGGCCAAGAAGGCGCCCCGUCCCGCUAUGAUGGCCAAUUAUUAUGAAAAGCUGACCAAAAUCUUCCUCGUCAGCGGCAAUGCCCUUUAUCAUGCUGCGGCAUGGGCCAGAUAUUACUCCCUUGUGACGAGCAUCGGAGGUAAAUCGGACGAGGAACUGAGUAAGCUCGCCGGACAGGUGUUGGUGAGCGCCCUUGCUGUUCCGGUGGGUCGCCAUACCGAGGAGCAGGAUGAGGUGAAAGGCAAGCUUGGUCGGCUCACUGCUUUGCUGGGCCUCACAAAAAUGCCAACACGAGCAGGUCUGCUCAAAGACGCGCUCUCACGAGACGUCCUUAAAAUAUCCCCGGCCUCUGUCAAGUCUCUCUAUGACAUGUUGGAAGUCACAUUCGAUCCUCUGACUCUCUGCGUGUCAAUAGCGCCUCUUUUGGAAUCGCUAUCCUCCGACCCACUGUAUGCAUCUUACCUUCCUCUCCUGCACCAGGCCCUAUUGUCCCGGCUUCUCUCCCAUCUAUCUGAAGUUUACUCGUCGAUAAAGAUCUCUCACCUUCUCGAACUAGUUGCACCCUUGAAGGCGGCCGGCGUUGAUGGUGCGUACGAGCCCGAGCAAGUCGAGUCCUACGUGAUGGGCUGUGCCAGGAGAGGUGAACUCAACAUUCGUGUGGACCAUCUGGAAGGAUGCAUUAUAUUCAUCGAUGAGGGCUUCACAGGCAUCAGCGGCGAGGACACCGCGUACGCGCCCUCAGAUGGUGCUGUUCAAUCCUCCGUAUCGGAGCUUGUCAAGAAAAAAUUAGGGAAUGUCGCUUUAUGCUUGCAUAACUCGCUUUGGGUCUUGGAAGGGUCUAAGAAGGAGUCUCUUUCGAAGGAGGAACAGCAGACCAAGCUUCAGACUCUGGUUACUGCUGUCGAGUCGGAGCGCAAGGCUCUACAGUUACGCCGUGCCCUUGUUGCUCGUCGUAGGGAGCUGCUGAGCGAGCUUACCGUCAGGAAGGAGAAGGAAGAGACGAGCCGUUUGGCUGAGAUCAGUCGUAGGAGGAAGGAGGAGGAUGCUAAGAAGGAGAAGGAAUCUGUUCGCGCUAAAGAGCUUGAGAGGAUAGCGAAGGAGAGAGAGAAUAUUCAGAAACUGGAGGCUGAGAAAUAUGCCAAGAGUCUUCUCACUAUGGGUACUAUCAAGGCUGAUGAUAUUGCUAAACUUGACAAGUUUGAUACCGAGAAUCUCAUUACAAUGCAAGUCCAACAACUGGAGAAGGAGAAGAAGGAGACGGCCCAGCGUCUACGCAUAAUUCUUAAGCGCGUCGACCAUCUCGAGCGUGCAUAUCGUAAAGAGGAGCGUCCUCUGCUGGCUCAAGAUUAUGAACAACAACAAGCGCAUGAUAAGGAAACCUUCAAUGCUAUCCAACUCGCUCGUAAAGGGGCAGCAAAAAUCAGUCAUCAAGAAGAUCUGGCCACGAAGAAACGUCUGUCCCGGAUGAUGGCAGACUACUCUUCCCGACGAGAUGUAAUGAUCGCAAAGAAGGGCGAGGAGUUUGCAAGGAAGAAAGAAGCUUCUAACCGGAAGAUCGAGGAAGAGAAGGCCAGGCGGAGAAAGGCCUUUUUGCAAGCUAAAGAAGAGGAGAGAAAGCGAGCGGAAGAAGCAGAAAGGAUCAGGAGAGAAAAAGAGGAGGAAGAGCAACGACUGGAGGCCGAACGCCUGGCAGAAGAGGAGCGUCUACGCGCCGAAGCAGAGGCCAAAGCUGCUGCCGAAGAGCAAGCUAAACGCGAAGCCGAGGAAAAAUUAGUUGCUACACGUAAAGCCCGCGACGCUGAGCGCGAAGCGGCCAAGGAACAAGCACUGCUGCAGCAAAAACGAGAAGAAGAGGCCGAGGCCCGUCGCGCGGCCCGUGCGGCGGAGCGUAACCGUGGACCGCCACCUAUAGGUCGUGUCAAUGGCAUGAGCGAACCUUGGAGGCGUACUACGCCUACAAACUCUAUGCCUCCGACGCCUACGCGUGCUGGUACUCUUGGUGGUGCACCUUCUCCGCGUCCUGAGAGCCCGAGCCCGGUCGCUGGAAAAUACAGACCUGGAGCUGGUCUCGGAGCUGCCGGAGGAGGGUGGAGGGCUCGCGAGGAGGCCAGACUUGCUGGUACUGGCUCAGGGACCAACACCCCCCGGCCCGCCUCGCCUGCCCUAGCAAAGGAGGCGACGCAAAAAGAUGACGAUGGUUUCCAGACUGUCGCCAAGCCCAACGUCUGGCGUCCCCGUAGGGGUCGGGGUUAGUUUGUAGUAUACCCUGUUUGAUUGCUUUCGAUUGCAUUUUUCUUUUCCUCAUUCAAAUCCAGUUGCAUGGUCCGAUAUUGAGCGUCAUGAUACUAAUGUGCUGAUAGUAAUGUACACAUGCUAAUCUAUGAAAAACGUCCUUAACGAGUCCAAUCCAAUGAGUG